AUGGACGAGCACACUACCGACGUCCUGGUCCAAGGGGGCGAGUCGACAUCAGAAUCCCUAUAUGCACCCCAGCCCGAGACCGAGGCCUCGCUGGUCUUGAAGGCGACGGCCAAUAGCUAUCCUUUUCUGGUCCACUCGACCGAUACCCUGGCCAACAACCGCCCUCCCAAUGUGGACAACAAGCCUCUGGCACCCACUAAACACCGAAUANGUCCCGAUGACCAGAAGAUUCUCGAGGAAGCAUAUGCAAAGAACUCGAAGCCUGACAAGGCCACUCGCAUGGAUAUCGUGAGCCGCGUUGCUUUGGGCGAGAAGGAAGUCCAGAUCUGGUUCCAGAACCGUCGCCAGAGUUCGCGUAGAAAGUCCAAGCCGCUGGAUCCUCGCGAAAUGGCCAUGUUUUCAUCACCGCUCGACGCCCACACGGCAGAUCACCAAGAAGACUCGUCUAUAAGCCUGGACAACGCGACACUCAUGACCGAUCCCGCCUCAAUACCCCAAGACAAGACUGCUGCACCUGCCAGCCAGAAUGCCUCGGCCUCAUUCGUCGAGGUUCCCAGCUCACAACCAGAAGCAGCCUCCCAGGACUCGGCUUCGAAACCUGGCUACCUUUCCAACAGACGUAACAAUGCUUCUUUCACUCAACUCGAUUCGCAGGAAACACAACCAGACAGCCAGGACCCGCCGGCAAAGCGUCUUAGAAAGUCAGACUCCAAAAUCCGUCUGUCCAUGACGGCAGAUGGUGUUGCUCGUGUCAUUGAUGGAGAUGACCUUACAUCUUCCCNNCCUCCUCGCAAGCUUCCUCCUCCCGUGUCUGCUAGUACAGCUUUCGACGAACCUGCCAGUCAAUCAAACGACCUGUAUCGUACUAACAGCCAGGUCAGUCUUUGCGACACACCAGGUAGCCAAGAAGGCGGUACCAGUCUUCGUCGCAAGCCCAGUGGACGAUCUCGCGAUUCACGUGUAUGGUCCUUCUUUGCCGACCGUGGCGCUCGUAGUGAGUUGGAGGACCGUGCAAACCAAGAGGCUAGCGGCGAUGCUGCUGAAGCCAUUUCCCUCUUGCGUCAGCAGGAGAAGGAUCGCGCAUACCACCCUCUGACCCGCGUACCUUCUCUGAAGCGUCUCAACCCCCAGACCAUCUCCAACGAAGAUCGUGCCGUCAAGCGUCUGCGCCAGAGCCAGUCCUUCAAUGCGCCCCCUCCUUCAUCUGCUCCUUCAGCCGUAGCCGCUACUCCCUUCCGUCAACCUUUGAUGCAACGCUCAUCCUCAGCGCGUAACAUGCAAUCUACAAACAGAAGACCAGCCCACCACGACCCUCUACUCUUAGCAAAGACGCCCAAACUCAAGCAGACGCCCACCUUUGAGAUUUCGGCCACAGACUCGGACAAGGAAAACUGGAGUCCUGGAGACCGCCCUUCAGCUUUCAUGGACCGCCAGUUCUUGCAUCAAAUGGCGACUUCACCUGCCGUUAUGCCAUCGACGGUCAAGCGACCCCGUGCGCUCGCAGGCUUUCACGAAACGCCCGCGCCUCGCAGUCGUGGCAAACAUGGCAACAGAACCCAAGUCGAGCAUUUGGAUGACGACGACGAUGACGAAGAUGUCAUGCAAUUCAUGAACCAACCCAGUAGUGGCGUCAGAAAGGACAAGGCGCAUCGUUCGCUUGAGAGAGACGAACGCCAGAGCUCAGAAGAGGAAGAUCUGAACUGUGUCGAGGGUUUGCUCAAGCUGAGCCAGGGCAACUGGGGCGGUGGCAGGUGA